GAGGUACCUGUACCUGUAACUGCGGGUAAUGACAUGGAUACCCCAUGCCGGUCUUUAGGUCUUUGGGUCUUUAAGGGGAGUACUUGUCUUAUGUACUUCUUCCUCUGCGUCUUGCACUCAACUCAUUCUCUUCCCUCUUCGUCACUUAUCCCACUUGUCACAUGGCUUAUCAUGUCCACAUUGCUACCAUGUAUUCUCGAUUUUUGAUUUUUUCUUCUAUGAAUCUCCCGCUCUCAUCUAGUUUGCAGCAAUCGUCUUCUUCUUCU